UAUGAGCUCGAAAUUUCAAGCCUCAGAAUGGCGAAUCUUCCUUACAAAAUAGUCCGCAUACUAAACGAAGUGCGACGUUCGGCAGACCAAUCGAUCAACGAAAUGGACAAGAAAAUCGAACAUUUGAGCAGCAAAUACGACCAAGUGAUACAGGAAAACGCAAAAAUGCAUAAGGAAUUCCAAGACACCAUCAAAUCAAUGCAAAAUUCCAAUCAACCCCCAAUAAUUAAUGAUGAUGAUAAUGAAGAUGUCGUGAUGGAAACUCGAGCCAGAAAACGUACCGGGUCCGUUUCGUUGGCUCGUAAUAAAACCAGAGAAUCGCGUUCCAGGUCUAAGGUUCACGCCAAAAGUACCAGGAGACGUUCUAGAAGUGCCCUGGUUAUGAAAACCAAAAGGAGGAGGGUUGCCAAGAAACGUUCCAAACGAGGCAAAUCUAGAAGGAGAACUUUGAAAUAGAGACUCAGUUUCAUUGGAAAAUUUCAUGUCAAUUUUUUUCGGUUGUCGAAACAAAUAAAAUUGUCUUUUCGUA